AUGAUGAUGGCCGAUUCGCAGCCGGCUCGCUUCUCGAUCGAGGAUCUGCUACGAUCUCGUCACGACAUUCUCGCUACCGUACUGCCGCCACCAUCUACUGCACAGCGAGCAGACGAUGUGAAGAAGUCCGUCGAACAGCAUGUGAACAUGCCCAGUGCAGCGUUGAACGCUGUGGCCGGCGCGGAUCAGCUGCCGUUUUGGUUGAGUUGUGCUGCUGCAUCGUUUCCGCUAGAACAGAGUUUGCUGAUGGCACAGAGAUCAGUUCUCCCACAACUUUGGGCAGCAGCCGCUUCCUCGGAUGCUUUGCGGAUCGCUGCGAACACCAAGUCAUAUAGGAGAAGAAAAGCACGAACAGUGUUCUCGGACCAGCAACUGCAAGGCCUUGAGAAGAGGUUCGAGACCCAGCGAUACCUGAGCACCCCGGAGCGGAUAGAGCUCGCCAACGCGCUCAAUCUGAGCGAAACACAGGUCAAGACUUGGUUCCAAAACCGUCGUAUGAAGCACAAGAAAGUGGUGAGAAAAGACCACAAUGGAGCUGAUAUACCUGACGAAGAAGAAGCCGAUUGGGCUGACAUGACUGCUUGA